GAGCCGUCUGGUUGAUUGGAGAAAGGAGGACGCCCAUUGGUCGUUCUGAGGAAGGCAGCGAUUGGUAGGGUGACUCCGUGGGGCCGAUCCUCUGGACGAAGAAGUGAAGUAUUUGGAGAGAAAAUUAAAACGGGCAAAAGGGAGCUCCCUGAAUCGACGACAGAGUAGCGCGGAUGAUGCAGGAAGAUGGACGAUGGUGGCGGAUGCAGGAAAGAGGCGCCGCCCAGGAGGAGGAGGAGGAGAGCGGGCCCCGUGGAGCAGCCUUGCCCGGUCCCGGCGCGGCUUCCGUGGGAGAUGGCAGGGAAAGGCCGGGGGGCUCCGGGGACGCAGGAGGGAGGAGCCCAGGGGAAGCCCGGGAAAGGCGGCUGCCUAGAGGGCGAUGCAGGGAGGAGGAAACGGGCGGAGACGCCGAGAUGAGCCUGGAGGGCGGAGGCUCCUUCGGAAGACCCCCAAAGCCCCGAAGGAUCCAGAAGGGAGGAAGGAAACAUCAAUGCCCCGAAUGCGGAAAAUCCUUCAAAACAAUUGGCCAUCUUGAAAGUCAUUUAAGGAUCCACAUAGGAGAAAAACCUCAUAAAUGCUUUCAGUGUGGAAAGAGCUUCAGUCAGAGGGGACAUCUUUAUAAACAUCAAAGGAUCCAUUGGGUAGAAAAACCUCAUAAGUGCCUGGUGUGUGGAAAGAGCUUCAGUUGGAGGAGCAACCUUUAUACACAUCAAAGGAUCCACUGGGGAGAGAAACCACAUAAAUGUCUUGAUUGUGGAAAGAGCUUCAGUAGGAGAGGGACUCUGCACAGACAUGAAAGGAUCCAUUCAGGAGAGAAACCGUAUCAGUGCUGGGAGUGUGGAAAGAGCUUCAAUCAGAGAGGAAAUCUUUACAUGCAUCAAACAAUCCAUUCAGGAGAAAAACCACAUAAAUGUCUGGAGUGUGGAAAGAGCUUCAGUAGGAGAGAAACUCUGUAUGAACAUCAAACAAUUCACACAGGAGAAAAACCACAUAAAUGCCUGGAGUGUGGAAAGAGUUUCACUCGGAGAGGAAAUCUUUACCUGCAUCAAAAAAUCCACUGGGGAGAGAAACCGUAUCAAUGCCUAGAGUGUGGAAAGAGUUUCAGUCAGAAUGGACAACUUUCCCAGCAUCAAACAAUCCAUUCAGGAGAAAAACCACAUAAAUGUCUUGAUUGUGGAAAGAGCUUCAAUUGGAGAGGGAGUCUGCACAGACAUGAAAGGAUCCACUCAGGAGAGAAACCGUAUCAGUGCUGGGAGUGUGGAAAGAGCUUCAAUCAGAGAGGAAAUCUUUACAUUCAUCAAACAAUCCACUCAGGAGAAAAACCACAUAAAUGUCUGGAGUGUGGAAAGAGCUUCAGUAGGAGAGAAACUCUGUAUGAACAUCAAACAAUUCACACAGGGGAAAAACCACAUAAAUGCCUGGAGUGUGGAAAGAGUUUCACUCGGAGAGGAAAUCUUUACCUGCAUCAAAAAAUCCACUGGGGACAGAAACCGUAUCAGUGCCUGGAGUGUGGAAAGAGUUUCAGUCAGAAAGGACAACUUUCCCAGCAUCAAACAAUCCAUUCAGGGGAAAAACCAAAUAAAUGCCUGGAGUGUGGAAAGAGUUUCAGUCAGAAAGGACAACUUUCCCAGCAUCAAACAAUCCAUUCAGGAGAAAAACUACAUAAAUGUCUUGAUUGUGGAAAGAGCUUCAGUAGAAGAGGAAGUCUUUACCUGCAUCAAAGAAUCCACACAGGAGAAAAACCACAUAAAUGCCUUGAGUGUGGAAAGAGCUUCAAUCAGAGAGGAAAUCUUUAUAUUCAUCAAACAAUCCACUCAGGAGAGAAACCGUAUCAGUGCCUGGAGUGUGGAGAGAGUUUCAGUCAGAGAGGAAAAUUUUCCCAGCAUCAAACAAUCCAUUCAGGAGAAAAACUACAUAAAUGUCUUGAUUGUGGAAAGAGCUUCAGUAGAAGAGGAACUCUUUAUAGACAUCAAAGGAUCCACACAGGAGAGAAACCACAUAAAUGCCUGGAGUGUGGAAAGAGCUUCAGUAGGAGAGGAAGUCUGCAGAUACAUCAAAGGAUCCAUACAGGAGAGAAACCACAUACAUGCCUGGAGUGUGGAAAGAGCUUCAGUAGGAGAGGAAGUCUGCAGAUACAUCAAAGAAUCCACACAGGAGAAAAACCACAUAAAUGUCUGGAGUGUGGAAAGAGUUUCAGUCAGAAAGGACAACUUUCCCAGCAUCAAAGGAUCCACUCAGGAGAAAAACCACAUAAAUGCCUGGCGUGUGGAAAGAGCUUCAGUCAGAGGGGAAACCUUUAUAAACAUCAAAGGAUCCACUCAGGAGAAAAACCACAUUAAUGCCUGGAGUGUGGAAAGAGCUUCAGUCAGAGGGGAAACCUUUAUAAACAUCAAAGGAUCCACUCAGGAGAAAAACCACAUUAAUGCCUGGAGUGUGGAAAGAGCUAUAUUGAGCAUAGUAGCCUCAAUCGACACCAAAGAAUUCACGUGGGAGAAAAAUCAUAAACAUACCUGAGUGUGAGAAAACCUUCAGUCACGGUGUAUCUUGGGAAUUGAAUUGUAUAUUUAAUUUGGCUAAGUGUGUAUAGACACCCUAGGAAUUUACCUAGUGCAUAUUCAUCAUCAUUAUAAUAAUUCCAAUAAGAGGAAUUAUUGCUCUUUACUCCAAAUGAUUAAAGAAGACAAUAAGGAUAAAUAAUAACUGCCAAAUAAAGGACUUUUUCAAUUGUACAUGCUAGAUGUUUCAACUGGUUUAAAUUGUACCUUUUCACAACAGACAUGCCAUUUCCCAUGUGAAUGUUCUUUUAAUGCAAGGCUCAUUUCAGUGAUUAUGCUUAAUAUUAUGGGUUGUUACUGUCCAUGUCUCUGAUAUAACCAUAAUUGAGCAGGAUGAUUUCUUCCAAGGUGGAUUUCAUUUAAAUCACGUUGAUUUAAAUCAUGUCAAUUUAAAUCAUUAUAUAAAUCGCUAUUAAAAAGAUUUAAAUCAACUUUUUAAAUCAUAAUUUUUAAAAAGCAACUGUCAUGUCUGUCCCGCAGCAGCUCCUCCUCUGAGCCGCUGUUGACUCGCCGACAGUCCCAUUUAUUUUAAUAGGGCGGCUGGUGAUGCAUCAGUGACACAACCAGGUGAGGGACGUGGCUGGCAGCAGGUGAGUGGAUGCCCUCUCACAGGCCCUGCCAUGAUGGAUCUGAAAUGACAGGUGCUCUUUAAUGUUAUAUUUAUAAGCUGCUUAGGAGGUUUCACUUCCAUUUUUACUGCUUGCCCUUCCCCCUCACACUUAGAGGCUGAGGGUACAGGUGCAUUUCUCUUCCAACAAUCAUACAGUUUGUAGUCUACAUACAGUGUAUUUGAAGAAAAAUGGGGAAAAGGAAUAUUCCUGCCCUUUGCUUUAUGAGUUAUCUCAUGGUUACUGUGAAACUCUGUGGAUGUAUCAAUGCAGUGCAUGUUAUUUCAGCUUGCGGUGCUUGGAUUCAUUGAAUGAGUUUAGCAGAAAUGUAAAUAUUGCAGAAUAUACAGCUUCAUGCUACAUAACUAAGCUCCAUUUCAACCUGAAUAGACUAAAUUAUUAAUGUAUCUUAAAUGGAAAAUUAUCUUUAUGAUUCUUGAUGAACGUAUCUUUUCUUUUAUGUACACUGAGAGUAUAUGCACCAAGACAAAUUCCUUGUGUGUCCAAUCACACUUGGCCAAUAAAAAACUCCUAUUCUAUGCUAUGCUAUGCUAUGCUAUGCUAUGCUAUGCUAUGCUAUGCUAUUCUAUUUGAAUAGCAUAGCAUAGCAUAGCAUAGCAUAGCAUAGCAUAGUAUAGCAUAGAAAUCCCAAUGGGAUUUUUAUCCCAAAAGUAUUUUAUUAAAAUAAAUUUGAUAAAAAAUAACAAAAAUAUCCCAUUUAAAUCAAAAUUAUGAUUUAUUUAUUUUUUUUAAUCAAUUUUUAUCCACCCUUAUUUCUUCCAUGCAAUCAACUCUUAUUUUGUACUUUUUCUAUUGUAUGGAGUAUAAAAUGAAACCCGAUUCUGUGUCCUAGAUUCCCUCUUUUCAUUAAGGGAAAUCUCUUUGCUACAAUAAUCUAAUAAAUUGCCUUUAAAUAUUCCCACUCAGUGCCUGAUUGAAGCAAGUGUGCUGUGGCUGAAUCUAGGGCUAAUUUGGCCUCCAUUGUUGGGGGUGUGAACUGUCCAUACCAUGUAAGACCCUCCACAGACAUCAGAAACUCUUGUCAAUUGGAUUCUCUCAAAGGUCCCCUUGUCUUCCAGCAGAAACUGCUAAAGGGACUCUCUAAGGCCAAGGAAGCUUUGUGAGAUACCAGCCAGAUUCUCAAAGGGCCUCCAACCUUUCACCCUUAAACACCCGGCUUUUCCCCAGGCGCUGGGAGGUCAGACAAGGAGAAGUUGGCAUGGAUUGGCGCCUGGCUUUUCUUUGUUUUCAUUUUCCAUGUUUUAAUGUGUUGUAUUGUUUUUUUAAAACAGCUUUUUUGGCACUGCAGUGAGUUGACUGAAAGUCCCCCAUUACUAGGCUUUCUCUUCAUCAGCUAAAUCGGCGUCCGCCUUCCUUCAAGCAGCCAGAGGGCGCCUGCACAAGUCCCGAGUCCCGUGUAGAGAGGGAAGAUUUCCCAGAGUCCAGGAGCCCUUCAGAAACCAACCUACCUCUCCGAAGGCAUCUUCACUCUGAUAACUGAUGGUAACUGGCAGUUGAGCCUGCAUUCAUGAAGCUUUUCUUUGAAGAUGUUUCACUUCUCAUCCAAGAAGCUUCUUCAGUUCUUCAGAACCAAAGAAGCUUCUGGGAUGAAAAGCAAAACACCUUCAAAUGAAAAAACCAGAAAGUCCAGUUGCCUCCUGAGCAAAGCACCUUUGGGACAAUCCUGACCUGGAUGACGGAGAAUCUCUACAGACUUUUACCGAUGCAAUUGGGCUGAACCCCCUUUGCAUGGUGUGGGGGCAGGAAUGGAUUUCCAGAGGGGAAAAUUGCAGACUGCAAGAACCAUUCGCACCACUCGGGUGACCCUGAGGAGACAGAUAAACCUCCAGGGGCUUCAGCCACCCUCUCAAAGUUUGGGGAUUGAGUGGAACUGCAAGAUGGAAACAGUUGUGGGCAGCUGGACAGCUUUUCUCCCAAAAUGGGCUAGUUUUGCCGGAUUGUUUCAGGAAAUUUUUUGACCUCUGUGGGUUCCAAUUUGGGGGCUAUUUUGGAUUAUUUUUAAAGCACUGUAGAGAUAGUCCUUGACCUACAACUAUUUGCUUAGUGACUUAGUGAAGUUAUAGCACGACUGACAAAAGUGGCCUUGGCCAGUUUUCACACUUAUGACUGUUCCAGCAUCCCCGUGGUCAUGUGGUCAAAAUCCAGGCGUUUAGCCACUGGCAUGUAUUUAUGACGGCUGCGCUGUCCCAGGGUGACUUCAUCAGUAUUGGUAUCUUUCACAUCUGGUGUCUCACAAAGUCAUUGGACAUAAUGACAUAACAACUUCACAACUCACUUCACAACUGUAGGAUAUGAGCUGCCAAUUAUGGCAAAAAAAUUCUCACUAAAGCAGCUCAGUUCUCAUAUUUUUGCAUAAAAGGCAGAUUUUUGUAUGUAGACUGCCUCUGUCAAGGGAAGCUCCACUUUUUUUUUUUUUUUUGAGAAAAAUAUUUCCUUUUAAUUUUUAAACAAACAAUUCAUCAUUAAUCAAUCAGUGUAACAUCUUGGUACAACAUUUAUUUAAAAAUUUAAAGACAGUUUAUCUUUGAACAUUUUUGCCAAUCUUUCCAGUGACAUGUUUUAUAGAUGGCACAUAUCACCGGAAAUAGAUCGGCAAAAAUGUUCAAAGAUAAAUCAGCUAAAUGUUGGAAAUGCCACCGGACAUCGGGACCGUACUAUCACAUGUGGUGGACAUGUCCAGAAGCGAGAAAUUAUUGGGCAAAAAUUCGAAUAUGGCUAGAGAAAAUGAUACAGCAAAACAUUGAUCUUAAACCGGAGCUGUUCCUAUUGGGUAUCUUACCAGAGAAAUUUAGUAGAGAAAAUGCAUAUUUAAUUAUACAUGUAAUAACGGCAGCAAGAAUGGUAUUUGCACAAAAUUGGGAAGCAGAAAAUUUAAAGAAAGUUUAUCUUUGAACAUUUUUGACAAUCUUUCCGGUGACAUGUUUUAUAGAUGGCACAUGUCAUUGGAAAUAGAUUGGCAAAAACGUUCAAAGAUAAAUCAGCUAAAUGUUGGAAAUGCCACCAGACAUCGGGAUCGUACUAUCACAUGUGGUGGACAUGUCCAGAAGCGAGAAAUUAUUGGGCACAAUAAUCACAAUAAUCACAAAAACUGAUACAGAAACACAUUGAUCUUAAACCGGAGCUGUUCCUGUUGGGUAUCUUACCGGAAAAAUUUAGUAGAGAAAAUACAUAUUUGAUUAUACAUGUAAUAAAGGCAGCAAGAAUGGUAUUUGCACAAAAUUGGGAAGCAGAAAAAAUUCCUACAAAGGGAGAGCUAAUUAAGAAAAUAUUAGAAUGUGCAGAAAUGAGUAGAUUAACAUUAGCAAUUAGUGGGAAGGAAGAAUCGGAGUGUUACAACAUAUGGGGGCAAUUUUAUCAAUGGAUAGAGACUGAAUAUAGACAAUAGGCAGUGUAAAAAUAAGAAAUAUGGGGGAAAUAUGUUGCAAUACAUUAAAUUUAAAUGUAAGAGGAAAGAUAAAUAUGUACUAAGAAAAUGAUGAUACAUGUUGAAUAUGAUGACACGGAAGCUCCACUCAUUAAUGUAGCUCUGGAUAAACUUCUCAUCACACCCUU